UCAUCACUGACCCACUCAACAGAAAACAUAUUUUCUUCACUUGCGUCGUCCUCAACUGAAACCCGUCUAUCUGCACACCCAUCUUCAGUGACACUUCCAACACGAGUAUCCAAUCUAACAACAUCACAACUCUCAUCAAGACCUGAGUCUUCAUCACAAUCCCAGACUGUAUUUACCCACCAAUCAUCAAUAACUGAGACAUCAUCAGAAAUGAAUCCACCAAAAACACAGUCAUCAGCAGUAAUAAUUUCGUCAUCAGAGACACAUCCAACAACUGAACAAAUAUCAUCACUGGCAAUGUCUUCAUCACUGAUCCACUCAACACCUCAAGGAUCAUUCGAAACUGUUUCCAGUUCAACCACCGCACAGGUACCAUCAAUAACUGGCUCAUCAACAGAAACAAGUCAAACAACUUUACAAGUAUCAUCGAUCACAAAACAUUCUGCACUGACUGAACAAAGUAACACAUUCUCAUUGAUAACUGGGUCUUCAUCAGGCACCAAGACAAAUACAACGCAAAUAUCUUCAACAACGGAAACUUUAUCAGAAAUUUCCCCUGCACCAACACAUGGGUCAUUUGUAACAGUGAAUCCAUCAGCAAAUACUCUAACCACAAUGAAAUCCUCCUCAGUUAUAUCAGCCUCAUCAGAAAACCAUUUGUCAGCACAGAGUAUAUCAAGGAAUUCAUCCACAUCAGAACACAAUCCCACAACAGCACAAUUCACAUCCAUAACUGAGCAUUCUUCGGAAUCGCAUCCGAUAGUGACACAACUCUCAUCAAUAAUUGAGUCUCCAUCAGAAACCAGUCAGGGAUCAUCACAAGUACCCUCAACAGUCUCAUUGGUAAUUGGGUCUUCAUCGAGAAGCCACUCAACAGUGACACAAUUUUCAUCAUCAACAGAGCCUGCAUCUGAAUUGUCCCCUGCAUCAACACAAGCGUCAGCAGUAACAGUGAAUUCAUCAGCAACCCAUCCAACCACAGUGAAAGAAUCAACUACACCGGCCUCAUCAGAAACCUAUCUGUCCCCACAGAGUACAUCAAUAAAUUCUUCAACAUUCGAAAACAACUCAACAACAGCACAGGUGUCAUCCAUAACUGGGUCUUCUUCAGAAUCCUUUCCAAAAGUAACAGAAGCUUCAUCAAGCAUUGAAACCCCGUUACAGACCAGUCAGGGAUCAUCACAUCCAACAGUGACACAUGUCUCAUCAACAUCUGUGUCUCUACUGGACAGCAGUCAGGGAGCAUCACAAGUAACCGUUUUAGGACAAUCGUCAUCUGAAUCUCAUUCAGCAACAACUCCAUUGACACACACAACUCAUUCUUCAUCAGAUACACAACCAACAAGGAUACAAUCAGUAUCCAGUACUGACCGCUCAGCAGGAAGUACUUCAGGAGAAGCACCAGAGUCUCUAGUAACUGAGACAUCAUCACAAACACAUCCAACAACAAGGAACAUGUCUUUCAAAACUUUGAAGUCGUCAGAAAGCAAUCCAACAAUGACACAAGUGUCAUCAAUAACUAAAACGUCACCACAUAUGCAAUCUACAACAUCACAGCUGUCAACAGCGACACAGACUUCAUCACUGACCCACUCAACAGAAAACAAAUUUUCUUUGCUCGCGUCAUCCUCAACUGAAACCCAUCUAUCUGCACACACAUCAUCAGUGACACUUGCUACAGGAGAAUCCAAUCGAACAACAUUGCAACUCUCAUCAAGACCUGAGUCUUCAUCACAAUCCCAGACUGUACCUACCCACCAAUCAUCAAUAAGUGAGACAUCACCAGAAUUGAAUCCAACAACAACACAGACAUCAGCAGUAAUAAUAUCUUCAUCAGAGGCACAUCCAACAACUGAACAAAUAUCAUCACUGGCAAUGUCUUCAUCACUGAUCCACGCAACACCUCAAGGAUCAUUCGAAACUGCGUCCAGUUCAAACACCGCACAGGUACCAUCAAUAACUGGCUCUUCAACGGAAACAAGUCAAACAACUUUACAAGUAUCAUCGAUCACAAAACAUUCAGCACUGACUGAACAAAGUAACACAUUCUCAUUGAUAACUGGGUCUUCAUCAGGCACCAAGACAAAUACAACGCAAAUAUCUUCAACAACGGAAACUUCAUCAGAAUUGUCCCCUGCACCAAUACAUGUGUCAUUUGUAACACUGAAUUCAUCAGAAAACACUCUAACCACAAUGAAAUCCUCCUCAGUCACAUCAGCCUCAUCAGAAAACCAUCCGUCAGCACAGAGUAUAUCAAUGAAUUCAUCAAUAUCAGAAAACAAUCCCACAACAGCACAAGUCACAUCCAUUUCGGAAUUGCAUCCAAUAGUGACACAACUCUCAUCAAUCACUGAGUCUCCAUCAGAAACCAGUCAGGGAUCAUCACAAGUAGCCUCAACAGUCUCAUUGGUAACUGGGUCUUCACUGGGCAGCCACUCAUCAGUGACACAAUUUUCAUCAUCAACAGAGCCUGCAUCUGAAUUGUCUCCUGCAUCAACACAAGCGUCAGCAGUAACAGUGAAUUCAUCAGCAACUCAUCCAACCACAGUGAAAGAAUCAACUACACCGGCCUCAUCAGAAACCUCUCUGUCCCAACAGAGUACAUCAAUAAAUUCUUCAACAUUCGAAAACAACUCAACAGCAGCACAGGUGUCACCCAUAACUGGGUCUUCUUCAGAAUCCUUUCCAAAAGUAACAGAACCUUCAUCAAGCAUUGAAACCCCAAAACAGACCAGUCAGGGAUCAUUACAGAAAACCUCUUCAGGACAAUCUUCAUCUGAAUCACAUCCAGCAAACACAUUAUUAACACUGAUGACACAAUCAUCAUCACAAUCUCAGCCAACAAUCUUGCAACUAUCAUCCAGCACUGAGUCCUCAGCAGAAACCACUUCAAGAGAUGCACUAGUCUCCCCAGUAAAGGAGACACCAUCAGUAACACACCCAACAAUGAGUAAUGUGUCAUUCCAAACUGUGCCAUCAUCAGAAAGCAAUCCAACAAUGGCACAACUAUCAUUAACAACAAAGUCUUCAUCUGAAUUAUAUCCCACAACAACGCAGGUGUCAGCAGUAACACUGACUUCAUCAAUAACUGAGACACCAUCAGAACUGUAUCCCACAACACAGACAUCAGCAAUAAUAAUAUCUUCAUCAGAGACACAUCCAACAACGAAACAAUUAUCAUCACUGGCAAUGUCUUCAUCACUGAUCCACUCAACACCUCAAGGAUCAUUCGAUACUGCGUCCAGUUCAACUACCGCACAGGUACCAUCAAUAACUGGCUCAUCAACAGAAACACGUGAAACAACUUUACAAGUAUCAUCGAUCACA